GAAAAGUGUUAAAUGAUAAACGCGCUGGGAGCGCGCAGCUUAUAAAACACACAGCGCAAGCUUGCAGUUGACAGCUUUGCGUCGCGCUGAUAUUUAACCAACAUAACUGCCCUUAUCACUACAAAAACAUAAAAGAAAAACAAAAAAGAAAAACAAAAAAGAAGAAAUAAAAUAAAAAUUAAAAACAAAACAACAACACAAUCGUGCAUUGUUAAUGUUACAACAACAGCAAGAUGCAUACGACGCCCACAACACCCAACAUGCCUUCCGCCACAUCUCAGCGUCGCCAUCACAACAGCACAAUUGGCCUUUUAAGCAGCCUUAUGCGUCGCUUAUUAAAACUUUUGAUUAGCUGCAUUCUCAUGCCGGCCAUGCAACAUCACAUCCACGUUAAUUGGUCUCCAAUGUCAACAUCUCCAACGUCCAGCUUGCUGGCGCAUGCCUCCACCAUUUCUCUUUCGCUUUCACUAUCGGCGACGAACUCAACAACGGCUGCUGGCGUGUCGGCGCCCACUGCUGAGCUGGACGUUGGCAUGGCUGCUGUGGCGGCAGCAGCUCUAUCCGGUUUGGGUGCACGUGCUCCGGCCUCCUGGUCGGUGGCGGCCUCACAUAUGCGUCUCACACAGCGCAAUAAUCAUGCGAAUAUCUCCGAACUGUUGGAUAAUCUAUUACGUGGCUAUGAUAAUAGCAUACGACCGGGUUUUGGAGGUCCACCUGCUACAGUGGAGGUUGAUAUUAUGGUGCGAAGUAUGGGACCCAUCUCCGAAGUCGAUAUGACUUAUUCCAUGGACUGUUAUUUCCGUCAAUCAUGGGUGGAUAAACGUUUAGCCUUCAAAGGCGCACAAGACACACUGGCUUUGAGUGUUUCGAUGUUGGCGCGCAUCUGGAAACCCGAUACAUAUUUCUAUAAUGGCAAACAGAGUUAUCUGCAUACCAUAACGACACCGAAUAAAUUUGUACGCAUCUAUCAGAAUGGCAGAGUACUGUAUUCGAGUAGAUUAACAAUCAAAGCUGGCUGCCCAAUGAACUUGGAAGACUUCCCCAUGGAUAUACAAAAGUGUCCACUAAAGUUUGGCUCAUUUGGCUACACAACAGCGGACGUUGUUUAUCGCUGGAAUCGCGAACGACCAGCUGUUGCCAUCGCUGAGGAUAUGAAAUUGUCACAAUUCGAUUUGGUCGAUUGUCCGGCGGGCAACCUCACAGAUGUGAUCUACAAGGCGGCCGCGCCGCAUGAUGCCACACACAAUAGCAACAAACCGGGCAACACCAACAGAAACGGCAAUAAUUAUUACAACAAAAAUGCGAAUCGUAAGAAUCAGAAGUAUGGCAGUAAAACGAUGAGUACAUUUGCAGGACCGGGUGCCAAGAAUCAACAUGUACGCGGUACUGGAUUGCAAUUGGACAAAGGUGAAAAGGUGCGAAGGAAACGUGGUCGCGUUGGUUUCGACAUGUCGGAUGAGGAUGAUGAGGAAGCGCAUUUGCGUGGCGGUGAAGAGCCCACACCACAUCGCGGCAGCGGCAAAAGACGCAUGUCCUUCUACCGACGCGAAGAAUUAGAGGCACGUCGCAAAGGCAAGCGCGUGCCACAAUACAACUCUGUAUCGAAAAUAGAUCGCGCCUCACGCAUAGUCUUCCCAAUGCUCUUUCUGCUCAUCAAUGUCUUCUACUGGUAUGGCUACUUGUCGCGCAGCUCACGGAUAUUGGCGAAUACACCGACGACCACUUGAUGUUACCUUUUAGCAAUUUAGAGGAAGUCCGAGAAGAAAACCAAACGAACAGCUAGGUGGUGGCGUUGAGGGCAACAAAAAUUUUAAUUAAAAUUAAAUAAAAUAAAAAAGUAGAAAAUAAUAAUGUGACAAACUAUUGGCGACGAAGUUUGGCUAGAUAAUUAAGCAAAAGAUAUGAUAUUUUUGGAGUUAAAAUUUAUAAAAACAAAUGCUGCCGUUUAGAACUAAAAAAAGCAAAAUAUAGAUUUAAAAUUUAAAGAAAUAUAAAUUGAAGGGCGACAAAACAAACUUUUAGCUUUCAACAGCAGUCACUGCUUACGACGUUUUUGCUCAAGAGCGCGCAACUUUUUUCUUCUUAACUAAAUUGCUAAAAUAAGGGAAUUACUAAAUAAUAAAAAGAGGACUUUAUAAAGUGGUUGAGAGAGAGUAACUUAUAUGUAACUAAAUGAGUAAUUGAGUAAUGUUAAUAAUUGAAAAAAAUCUCAAGCGUGAUGAAGUAAAUAUUAGCUUUAAAUAAACUAAAAUAAAAUACAGUUAUUAUAGUAAAUAGUUUGAAUGCUUAGUGAUUAUCUAUUGUAUGGGGUGGUGUCCAAUAUAUUGCAAACAGUUUUAAAAGCUUUGGAGUAAUUCAAGGCAAUAACUGUAAACCAGAGAA